AUGGCUCAUUUUCUUACAAAUAUAGAUGGUGAACAUACUUCAACUGUUGUUUCUUCAAAAUCAAAUAUAAAUCCAAAUAUAUCAAUCAAUGAUGACAGUGAUGAAAUGAUUCAUACAAACGAAGAUAUAAAUGAAGAACAGCACGAUAAUUAUGGUGAUCGAUAUUCUAUGAUCAAUCAACAAUAUAGUUCAAUAAAUGAUCAAACAUCAUCACAUCGUAUGAUCAAUCAUGGUUCCAGUGCAAUAAAUACAAAUAUUCAAAUAUCAUCUGCUUACAGUUCAGCAAUGCCUCUUCUUUCAACACCGCAAACUAUGGUCGAUCAACAAUCUAGAGAAAGAAAUAUAGAUCCACCUUGUCUUGCUACUGUUGAUGCCCAACCAAUGUCAACAACAAUAUUUCAACGGCAAGCUUUGGUCUCGCCAAAUGAAACAACUGAACAAAUUCAGGGUCAACAAACGUGGGAUCCAUACUUUCUACAAAAAUUUGAAGAAUUUAUGGCGAUGCAACGAGUCCAGCUUGCUGGCCAAUUAUCUUCUGGUUUCAAUCCGACGACUGUCGGACAUAAUCGUUCAGUAACAGCAAUGGUUGCACCACCUCUUCAAUUACCAAGUGCUAGUGAUCUAUUGAAAGAAACAACACAACAGACACCUGCUUCUUUAGCUGCUACUCGUGCCGAUCAACGAGCUAACAAUCAAAGAAAAGAAGCAAAGAAACAAUUAUUAUUUGUGUCUAAUGCAAUUGAACAUCAAGACUAA